AAAAACUCUGAGCUGCCACAGGAAGAUGAGCUACCAACUCUACCGAAACACCACGUUGGGGAACAGCUUGCAGGAGAGCUUGGACGAGUUGAUACAGUCACAACAGAUAAGCCCACAGCUAGCUUUGCAAGUUUUACUACAGUUUGAUAAAGCUAUUAACCAUUACCUCUCCAGUAAAGUCAAAAGCAAAAUUUCUUUCAAGGGUCACUUGAACACAUAUAGAUUUUGUGACAAUGUGUGGACCUUUGUGCUCAAUAAAGUAGAAUUCCGAGAAGUAGGAGAACUUGUCCAAGUGGACAAAGUGAAAGUAGUGGCAUGCGAUGGAAAAGCAUCAGCAGCAGAUGCUGGAGGUUCCUGAUGAUGACUCAACAUUUCCAGAUCCUCUCACUAAAAACAUAGAAGUAACAUCUGUUCCAUAAUGAUCAGUUUUGUCCCUUUUAACCUUCAAAGCAACUAUUACAAGCUGCUGUAACCUACAGGGCUCCACACAUAUGGUUACAGUUGUGUACUUUUUGUCAACUGCAUCAGUGUUGCAAAGUCAACAAGAAGUGUACAUUAGAUUUAGUCUUUGUAAUAAGUAGAUCCAACAAAAUUAGAGCAGGAUCAAGUUUUCCAGAGCUACAAAAGAGGAUUAAUUUCUUGUUUAUUAUUACAGUUUUCAGUUCAAACAUGCACUUAGAAGGUGUACUCUUUUAGUUAUAAGUAACAUUGAACAAAGCAGAGCAGAAAGGAGAUUCCAGUUAAGUGUGAAAUAUACCACAAUCACUAAGCUUUAUAUUUCUGCUGUUAUCUUCCAUAGUUAUGUUUAAACUUUUUCUAGACACAAAUCACAUCAUAUGCAAUAAUUUCACUAGAGUCUUUGAAGCUGGGUACAAAAGUGUUCAAUAAAGUUUAACAAUUAUCACAUUA